AUGGCUGCGGAAAAUACAGAAGACGAACCGCGUACGCCGGCGCGCGACGAGUCACGGCUCGCACAAGUAGCCAGCGACGGCAACGGCAAGGACAGCGCAGAACAGGACUCUGAAGAAGAUGACGACGACGAGGAAGCGGAGGAAGAGCCGAAGCUCAAAUACAGUCGCUUGACAAGCAACCUGGGGCCCGUGUAUCGAAAUGGCGACGCGACAAGUACUUUCGUGGUUGCGGGGGAUAAAAUGAUAAUUGGCACACAUAAUGGCAAUAUCCACGCCCUUACCAUCCCUUCGUUCCAAACGCUACGCACCUACAAUGCGCACCCGUCUGCCUCUGUAACCUCACUAUCGGUGUCACCUCUGCUAGCUUCACAACCUUUUGUACCAACUGCCUCAGCCGUCAGGUCCACGGACCAGCCAGAAACCCCAUCUCGACCGGCAGCAUCCCAAGCGGGCCAUACCUCAUCUCCCCGCACGCCACGACAGGCCCAAGUCCCUGCCAUUCCCUCGAACCAGAUCUACAUCGGAUCCUCUUCGAUAGAUGGGCAUGUCUGCGUAUCGUCCCUGGUCGACCCGAAAGAUGUCACGUUGCGCAACUUUGGACGUCCUAUCCAAGCGGUAGCGCUUUCGCCAGAUUACAAGAACGAUCGCUCGUAUCUUUCCGGAGGACUGGCAGGGGAGCUCAUCCUGACUACAGGAGGACAGAUAGGAGUCCGGUCAAAUGCAAAUACCAGUUCAGCGUCACAGACCGCUCAAGGAUGGCUGGGCGCAAUUGGACUUGGUGGUCAUGGAGGCAAGGAUAUCAUUCUGCACUCAGGCGAAGGCACUAUCAGUGCCGUCAAAUGGUCCCUAUCUGGCAAGUUCGUAGCUUGGUCCAACGAGCACGGCAUUCGAAUCAUGCGUACAAACCUUCACCUGGACAGCGCAGAUUCUGAUGCGGCUUGGAAAAGAAUUGGCUUCAUUGAUAAGCCGAAUCGUCGCGUAUGGGAAGAGAUGGCAGGUGUAUGGAAAGCUCGAAUGGAGUGGGUCGAUGACCGGUCGCUCGAGUCUGAUGACGAUGCAAUCAUGAGCAUGAACGGUGGCCACACUUCUGGCAAGGCCGAAUUGACAUUGCCGCAUCACCGAAUACACGAGCAUCCAAAAGGCACCAAGAAGAGGAAGAUGGAAAAGCUCGUAAUAGGGUGGGGAGAUGCUGCUUGGGUCGUCCACGUACAACCUGGUGGAGUCGGCACAGGCAAUGAUGUUAGUGAGAGAUCGGUCGGCAGCGCCGAAGUCGUUCAUUUCCUCCGUUUCGACGAUUGUGUUGUUUCUGGCAUUUCGCUCUAUACCCCUUCCUUACUUCUUGUUCUUGCAUACCGAACACGCGACGACGACGAUAACCCCAUCACUGGAGUCGAUACGACACCCCGGCGAGGGAUGAAUCGACGUACGAAUGGGCUUUCUCCCGAGCUCAAACUCAUUGAUGCGGCGACCUCGGAUGAGGUCGAAGUCGACUCUUUAACUGUUAGCAGGUUCGAGACCCUCUCUGCUGCUGACUAUCACUUGGGCACUUUGUACGUUCCGCACCCAAAGACGAUGACUCUCGCCCAGAAAAGCGCACUAGAAGCCAUCGGAGGUGGGAUAUGGGAUGUCGGCGCAGGCGCAGCACGGAUCUUCAGCACCGGAGCAAACGUCAUCAACAUGCCAUUUAGUUCAGACACGAAAACGCCAUCGCGGGCGCCGUCCAUGUCUUCAGCAAGUGCCGGAAAUGCGUCGACACCAGCAUCCGGGAAGCGUCAACUGCAGAUACCCCCAAAUGCUGCCACCGCUGGCCUCAAGGUCUUCAUUCAAAGCCCAUACGACUGCGUUCUGGCUAUUAAGCGAGAACUAUCGGAUCACUUCCAAUGGGAACUCGAGCACGAAAACUACAAGGACGCGUGGGAACUGCUAGAGGAUCAUCCGGAAAUUAUUACAUCGCCCUCGCAAUUGCCCUCGGAAGCAUCCCCAGCCAGUACUCCGGUAAAGAAUCAUGGAAGCUUACAUGAGUUCUUUGCAGAUGACAGCGAAUCGCAGACUACUGUGUCCGCUUCGAAGGUGGCUCAAAACUCGGCAGUUGAGAAGGAGAAACGCCGAAUCGGGGAUCUUUGGAUGCAACAGCUGGUCAACGCUGGCGACUGGAAGCAGGCAGGCAAGGCCGCUGGCCGUGUACUUGGUACAUCUGCCCGAUGGGAACACUGGGUCUGGAAAUUUGCCCAGGCGAACCGCUUCAACGAGAUCUCGCCGUACAUUCCCACGAAGCCAAUGCAACCACCACUCCCGUCGAUGGUCUACGAGGUGGUUCUCGGCCAUUACAUUAUCCACGAUCGAAUACGCUUCAAGCAUUUACUCGAAGAAUGGGACCCGGAGCUGUUCGACAUCAACAGCGUUAUUGAGGCAAUCAAAAGCAAACUGUCGGCUGGCGAUGUUACUGAAGACUCUAUCGAAGGCGAUGUACAAGGGCGAGACUGGCGGAUUCUGCAAGAUGGUCUUGCCAAGUUGUUUCUCGCCAGUGGUCGGCAAAGAGAAGCAUUGCGGUGCUAUAUUCGUCUACAGAAUGCGGAUGCUGCCAUGACUCUCAUACGUGACUUCCAUCUCGUGGAAGCCGUACGAGAUGACAUCCCUGGUUUCAUACUCAUGGGUGUUUCCAAAGAGCAGAUCAAGUCAGCACCCUUGUCCGAGCUCGAAGAAGCUUCAUCGGAGGCCAUCAACGUUCUCGUCGAGGAGGGUUGUCGUGGUACGAUACCGGCAAGUGAUGUUGUAGGUCAAUUGCAGAAGCGGGAAGCGUCGUUUAAACCGUUCCUACAUUUCUACCUCCAACGGCUAUGGAAGCCGGAGAUGCACGAACGUAAAGGCACGACCGCGAAGGAGCGGGUUGCUGAAGACCGUCUGGCGGCUGAUGGCAAGAUUGUGGCGGAAGAAUUUGCUGAUCUUAUGGUUGAGCUAUUUGCGGAGUACGACCGCCCGUUGCUGAUGGAGUACCUGCGCCAGUCUCAGAGCUACGAUCUCAACAAGGCUACUGCUGAGUGUGAGAAGAGAGAUUACAUUCCAGAACUUGUGCAUAUACUCUCAAAGACAGGCCAGACAAAGCGUGCCUUGUACCUCAUCAUCGAGAAGCUCUCUGAUGUCAGUUUCGCGAUAUCAUUCGCUAAAGAGCAAGACGAUCCAGACCUGUGGAACGAUUUGCUGGAGUAUUCCAUGGACAAGCCGCACUUUAUUCGUGGUCUGUUAGAGGAAGUUGGAACAGCAAUUGAUCCUAUCAAGCUUGUCCGCCGCAUACCAGAGGGCCUAGAAAUCGAAGGACUGCGAGACGGAAUCGGCCGCAUGGUGCGCGAAUACGAAAUCCAAUACUCCAUCUCCGAGGGUGUUGCCAGAGUACUGCGUGGCGAGGUAGCAACAGGCAUGGACACUCUCCGUGCCGGCCAAAAGCGAGGCGUGAAGUUUAACAUUAUUCCAUGCGACGACGAGAAGCACGACCAUGGUAAAGACGACCACAUCGACAUCGAACCCAAAGGCUUGAAUCCCUUCACAGUAGCGAAGGUAACCGCACAAGCGGACAAUAAGACAACCGCAGUAUCAUCAACAACCAAUGCCCCACAAGUCGAUCCCGCACCUCCCGACAAUCCAGAGGGAGAAGCCCCACCUGGCCACUGCACAGGCUGCCACCGGCCUUUUACGCUCCCUACUGCGGAAGAAGAAGAUUUAGUCGACGGACCCGUACCACUGUCUCGCGACACUUUAGUCGGGUUUGCUUGCGGCCAUGUCUUCCAUCUCAGCUGCCUGCUGCCGAAGACAAGUGCGAGCGCAAGUGUGUCGGCGACGUUACAGCAGACACUUGCAAACGAUGCAGCAGAGAGUGGGAGAUGGAGCAGGAGUGUGGGGGCGAAGGUGGCACACGCGCAUGUUAUUAAGAGUGCAGUUGGCAGGGGUUGCGUGGUGUGUCGGGAGAGGUUGGGUAUAGUUGGUGAAGAUUGA